CAGAAGUUUGACUAAAUUUUUGCCGAUUGACUGAGAGGAAGCUCAAAGUCACCACCCUUUUUGAACAAUUGAGUCACUAAUGAGUUAAUAUUUUCCCCAUAAGGCUGCAUAAAAAAGCUUCUGUUCAUUGGGAUCUGGGCUAAUUUUCUUGUUGGAAGAAGUUAAAUCAAAUUUAAUUCAGUGAUUGUAAGAAAACAUUUCCAUUCGAAAUUCAAUACAAGAACCUCCAGGAUAUCUUGUUGGUCCUCCAACCGAACGGCCAUCAAAUAAUGUGUUUCAUUCUCAACCAGGUAAUUGGAUGCCAGCUCCACUGAUACCGAAUUGUCCAUCAGGGUUAGAAUAUUUAACUCAAAUUGAUCAACUUCUGGUUCACCAGAAAGUUGAACUUCUUGAAGCUUUCAUUGGCUUUGAGACAAAAAACAAAUAUCACAUUAAAAACAGUAUGGGGCAGAAAAUAUUCAAUGCUAUUGAAGAUUCCGAUUGCUGCACCAGGGCUUGCUGUGGGCCUGUAAGACCGUUUAAUAUGAAAAUUACCGAUAACGAGGAACAAGAAGUUAUAAAUAUCUACCGGCCUUUGAAAUGUCAAUUAUGUUGUUUCCCUUGUUGUCUCCAAAGUGUGCAAGUUACUGCUUCUGGUAUCGUUUGUGGUUAUAUUGAACAAACUUGGAGUCUUUGCAAGCCUAAAUUCAAUGUUUGCGAUUCUUCUGGUGAAACAGUUUUACGCAUUAAAGGACCAUUUUGUACUUGCUCUUUUUGGGGUGAUGUUGAAUUUCAAGUUUUAUCACGCGAUCGUGACACUCAAGUCGGUCGUAUAACUAAACAAUGGUCUGGUUUAGCUCGAGAAUUAUUCACCGACGCUGAUCAUUUCGGCAUUUCAUUUCCAAUGGAUUUAAAUGUCAAUAUCAAAGCUGUUUUAUUGGGAGCUUGUUUCUUGAUUGAUUUCAUGUAUUUUGAAACUAAACAGUGAUCCUGUAGACAGACGAUUUGAAUAAACUGAGAUCUGAUACAAUUGCGUUUAAAUAAAAUGAACCAUUGUUGUUAAUGCAAUGAAA